AUAAAGCCUGACUGCUCACGCGAAGAUAACCGAAACACACAAACGAAAAACUUUACUUUUGCAUUGUCAACAGGCCAAGUGUCUUGAAGAGUCGAGGAAAAGAGGCUUUCCCGCCGAACUCGAUUAAUUAUCUGAUACCGUUAGUACUCCAAAUUGUAAAAGACUAUCUUUCUCUACUACACACCUCCGCUGUAACAGCCAGGACGAAGCGAACCGCACUUGCUGUCGAAGCAUCUUCGCACCUACGCGUCCUCCGAUUAUAGACCUUCCCAGUACGAAAAAAGUCGCAUAGAUUGAUCGCUCAGUAGAUUCGCACUACAUGGAGUAGUUCUUUUUGUCAUUGCCAUGCAAAUAUUGCAGUUGUUGAGAACUCCUCUUGUCAUUCGCUUUUCUCCAGCUGCAGCUAAUGUAGAAAGCAGAAUCUUCUAUCGAGCUUCACUUCCAUCAUCGCCGCUGUGAUUCUUUUGUACUGUAAGUGCUAUUUUUCGCCUGUAUUACUCUCUGACAACAUCGAUCAACUAACUACCGUUUACAACCGGGCUUAGUAAAGAACGGCGGUACUCUCUCAGCAUCUGAAUUACUGCCGCAUUUAUUACUCUACCCUGGGUUCUUUGAUGUACACUGUUUCUGAAAAGACAGUUGGACGUAACUGAUACUGAUUCGCUUGAACCACCUUUACAGAACUUUGUACGAUUAUAUAUUUACGCGCUUAAUACCGAACAGCGUCAACCUGCCAGAAGCUGUACCUCCUCUCGUGCGCUUCUCUUCUUGGCGAACAAAAAUUUUUACUUACACACCACUGAUCGGUAUAUUUCCGACGGCACAAGUGUCUCACUCAGUACUUGUGUUGGAGGAUUCUUUUCAGUAACUACUACAAAAAGUUUUAACAACACAAAAGACACAUACACUUUUACACAACAUUUGAGCUUACCUGUGGUUUACAACGACUUUUACGAAUUCUGAAUUUUGAAAACUCCAGAAGCAUUAGAAUUGUGGCACAAUAUUUAAUAUUUUAAGUACGAAACACACGACGUCUCGGCGCGGAUAAAACUUCUUUGACCUGCUUUGUCAACCCCCUCGUCGCACGGAGCAACCGAGGAUGUCGUCGCCGAAGCUAAAGGUCGUCGGGUCGCCCAAGCAGCCGACGAAACGGGAUCGAGUGGCGUCGUACGAAACCAAGUUUCGGGCGCUGCAGACCGUUGCGGACAACGAACCAGGGUCGGAGACGAGCAAUAUCAGUCCAAUGGUCCAACUCACCACGGCGCUCACGGUAUUUAUUAAGAGAUAAAAUCUCUUGCGGAAUCGGGAAGAUGAAAAAAAAUUUUGUCUUUAUGUUGAUUUGGGGUUACAGUCAGUGCACACGGGGGUCGAGGCGCCGUUGUGUGUUUGCUCCUCCUCUCGAGUUAGUUUUAUUGUUUGCACCCCGUGAAUAAAUUAAGAUUUCUACCAGUCUACUAAGCUAAUGGCGAGUUGUCGAGUUGUCUGCAAAAGAAGAAACAGACCCAUGAUCUUUUGCUGGAUAAUAGUCAUUUCCAGUUCGGACUUCACUUGUUGUAUACGUAAAUACUUGCAGGCUCCCCCGGAGUUCCAGCUGGAGCGGAUGUACUCCGGUGACCCCCGCAUCCAGAAGGCGAAGUCGCAGCACCCCACUGUGGACUACCGGAAGCUGUCCGGCCAGAACCUCCCGAAGACGACGUCCACCAGUUCCAGCGGGGGUAUGGGACGCACGGUGUCGCGGCCGCCCCCGGGGAUGGAGGAUGAGAUUCCGGACCCGAACUUGGGGAAAUCUCGGUCGGUGGAGUCGGUGCCGGAGCGGUUCAAGAGGGCCCAGUCCUUCAACACGGGUGCGCCGAAUCGGUCUGUUGAGCGCCGCGCCUUUACCAUGGGAGCCCUGCCGGACGACGGGGCCUCGACCAACGCGCCGAAUUCACCCGGAAAGUACGCUUUGUGAUGUAGUCUCUAUGCAUUUUUGUUUCAUCCUCGUUAUUUUAGGGAAAUUAUCAGCAGCAUCUUGGAAUUUUUAACUCAAUAAAGGAAUUUGCGAAAGCUCUUGGUUGAAGAAGAUAUUGCAGGACAAAUUCUACGCAACUUCUGAGUACAAAACAAAACAUCGCACGACCACCCUCUAGGUCUACUGCCAAGGGGGACAGUCCGGCAUCGAGCAAGGGGGCCGGCAAACUUCGGAUGAUCGGCAACAAAAACGCAACCACGUUGCCGAUCUCCCCGGCGGGGAACGCGGGUAACAGUCCGCAGGACUUCCCGCUGUCUUCCUCCGCCGAGAACACGCCCCGGACCCAGAAGAACCAGCCGAAACUGCUGGAGCGGUCGAGCAUCCCGGAUCCGGACCAAAACACGAAACUGUACUUUGACGACAAGAUCCCCACCCACAUGCUGUGCAUCCGGCUGCCGGAGGAGCUGCGGGAGCUGUACUACAUGUGUCUGUACUACUUGAUCGACUUUCGCCGGUACGAGAAGCGCCGCCUCCAGGUGAUGCGGCAGGAACAAUUCCACAUCACCAUCGCCGCCAUGCACAUCGAAACGGACGCGCAGCUGGAGAAGGUGAAGAAGUGGAUGGGCGCGCAAGACUGGGUCGAGAUGUUCGGGGAGAUGGACCUGGAGAUCGGGGAGCUCGCCCUCACGCAGGGCCCCGUGGUCUGCUGCCCGAUGCAGACCACCAGCGAACAAGACGCAACCCGCCUGGAGCGGGCCAUCAACCUCAUCAUCAAAAACAUCGAGGCCUGCGGGGUGGUGGCCAAGGGCCCGCCAAGACAGGGUACUUACACUGCUAAUCUUCACAGCGAUAAUAUGUAUGCAAAGCUUGAAUGUGAACUCGUCGUGGUCCCCGCUUGCUUUCAUUGUAUUUAUUUCUGUUGCAGUCAGUCUACAAUAGAACUGCAGACGAUGACCAAAGAAGCAGACUUGCGUGCCGCAGGGUUCUUGAAACAGCAAGAACCCACGACCCGGUAGAAGUAAGUGCAACUUACUAGCAUUACCUUCGAGUAUUAGUUUAUUUUCGCCAAACACUGUCGACGUCGUACUAAAAGCAAUUCUGCAAUAAAAGAAUUUUAUCUUCUUCUCGAAAAAAAAUGACAAACAGAGGAGUUCCAACUGUACAUGACGCUCGUGAAGCACCGCAAGUCUUUGCGCACCUUCACCUGGGACCGGUCCUUUUCGAGCUGCGAGCUGAUGCGCACCUUGUGCCAGACGGGCCGCCUGGCCGACUACGACUGGAGCAAACGCGCGGGGGACCGCGCAGCCGUGGCCGACGUGGACAUGCCCCCGGACGUGGAUGAAGACUUCCCGAUCGAAUCGAUCGAACUGUGCAAGAUCAACGGGGAGCAAAAAUCCAUGCCCACGCACCAGUUCUACUCGACCCGGGAAAUCAAGGACUACUACGACGUAUUGAGGAAUUUAUAUUCAUACAGGCUACUAGAUGCAAGGAUAAUUUUAAUUUAUGCAAAGCCAAGUCAUGAUGAUUGUCGAUACAGCAAAUCGCAGGAUGAGUGAUGGUCUAUAGUCAUCAUGGUAGGACCACGAUAAAAGAACAACAUAUCGCGGUAGUUGCAUCUGCUAUAUGGUUCGCUGAAGCAAGAAACGUACCACGAGUUGCACCCGAUGAAAACAAUUUCUUGAUGAAUACAUCAGAUCGAAAUGUCGCGGCCAUGCAAGCUAACGAUGCGGGUGGGAAACGCACAGACGCUGCAAAUGUUCAUGAAGGAGAUCGAGGCGGAGACGGGCAAACGUUUACAGAAGAUGACCGACGAACAGCUGGCGGAACACGAGGAGCACAAGCGGCAGCGUCGCAUCAAGCUGAUUGAGGCCCGCAAGGAGGAAAACCGGCGGCUGAAGGACGAGGCACAAACGGUGCAGACGAUCAAUGUGGUGGACACCAACACCGGGUUUGCCAAGGGCGGAAAAUCCCCCGCGGGCAGCACGCCCACGACGCCGGGCGGCAAGUUUGGCGCCAGUCCGAAGGGCAAGGGGAAGGCGGGGAACAAAAAUGGCAAGAACGGUGUGGCUUUCAAUUUUGCCGCUUCACCGCCGUCCUCGGGCAUGCCGCAGUCCGGCUCGCGUUUUCCUUCGGCCUCCGCGGAUACGGUCGGGCCACUCGAGUCUGACCGCUUCGGGGGGAAGAAGGGCAAAGGCAAGAAAGCCGAACCGAAGCGAGCCUUCACGAUGCAGCGGACCAUGUAAGCUCCAACUUUUUUUGGCCAUAAUUGUGUGAAUCUUUCCAGUAUGUAUCAUGUGGACGGAAGUCGUCGUUUUUUUUGGUCUGGCUACUACGAAAGCCUUUGUUGUAUUUGUUGCUCUUGUCGUUCUUCACUGUUCUUGGAAAUCAUAGAGCACCACGCCUGGUGCAGAGGAGAGCCUUUCAAAGAACUCUCCCCGGGGACAAGAUCUUUUCAUCACCAUCAUGGUCAUGAUGAUAAUUUUUCACACCUGCUGCAGGUCGUUUCCGGCGGAGCAGGGGUACGCUACCGGACUCGCGGACAACGCCGCCGGGUACAAGAAGCCUUCGUCGGGCUACACCAAGAAUGCCGCUCCUUCGGGCCUCACCCUGCCCGUGAACACGCCGGAGCCGUCGAUGUCGACCGCGGAUGCGGCGGCCAUGAUGGCCCAAACCCAGGCCAUGAUGGCCCAGAUGCAGCAGACGCAGGCGAUGCUGGCCCAGAUGCACGCGGCGUCCACCGCCGGCGCGAUGAUGCCCAUGGCCUACGCAGCGACGCCGGGCUAUCCUGCCAUGAUGAUGCCGCCGCCGAUGUUCGCAGAUCCCAACUACAACAUGCUCUACAUGCAGCAGCAGCAACAAAUGGCAGCAGGUACAACUUGCGCUGCUUCUUCUACGACGGGAGAAUAUGAUUAUUUCGUGGAUCAUAACACACACCAUACUAUUCCGGGGCAAAAUUACUCUUGUGCUACUUCGUUUCCUUCUACUACAACAACUUGUAUGUACGACUACAACCACAACAAUAAUUACAACUGCAACUUCCCUCAACAUCUCCCUACUGCUCGAUGCUACGUCGAAGAGGUAGUAGAACCGGCGCCCUGUAAGAACGACGACCCAGCCGUCGCCGACCUGAGCGUGCCCUUUGCCGGAACCGAAACCACCGGGAAAACGGGCGGGGCGAAAAAAAAACUUCCUCUUUGUGCCCAGAAAGUUUUAGUGCAUGAUUAUCGUGUGGAAGGGAAUGCGAACGAAGCACUUACUUCUGUAGCUGCGGCGGGAAAAAAUUAUCACCACUGCACCUCCUCUACUCCGACCGUUUCUGGUGCGGCACUGCCAAAGAAGAAAGGGUUCUUUACACCAGCAGGAGUAGAGAAAAGCUCGAAAAUAACUGACUUCGAUCGCGCGAUGAAGUAUAUUAUCGCCACCCCUCCUGUUGCUCCGACUCCUCUGUCUUGCAAGCAACGAACAGUUUCAGCAGCCGGGGAAAACAAAGAAGAUCCGAGUCCCAUGCAACCUCGUUCCGCGAUGAAAGGGUACCAGUUCACCGACGGCGCUUGCACAACUCCGCGGAAAGUCGUACGUUGGGCCGACGAGGAGAAAACGAAGGAUGCAGAGCAGGAACAGACUUCAGAAGAGCAAAAAGCUUGUUCGGAGCACGAUACCAAACCAGCUUGCGCGAACGAAAAGGGUGGUGCUGCAGCUGCUUGCCGGUUUAUGUCCAAAGUUCACUCCUCACCGUCUGCGUCAUGCCUCGCGCAUGAUGGUACUAGAGAUCUUCGCGUGGUGCAGACGAUGGGCAAAAAGGAAAAAGCUGCAUCAACGUCGUGCGGGAGCAAGUUGGACCACAAUAAAGCCAGUUCGGGCACGAGUACGGCGCCUGCCUUGGCGAAAACGCAGGAAAUCUUGCAAAAAUUUGGACAAGAAUGUCCGGUCGCCUUCGCAGACUUGGCAGCGGCGCAUGUGGAACUCGCCGCUUUUACGAAUAACCUCAUGUCGUAUCCCAGUGAAGAACUACAAUUAGAACCGACCAAAGCGGGGGAGAUCAUGAUGUGAUGAGGAUGCAUGUUGUAGCUGCUCCAAGUCGUGAUAGAAACUGUUGAGCAGCAUGAACAGAUACGACCUUAAUAACCCGGGCGAUCGUUCUUGCCAAAAAGGAAGUGCCAUCUUCUGAGGAGUGCAUGGAACAAACUGGUUCUAAUUGUUUCUUUUUGAACAGUCGCAGAUGCAGGAGAGAGCGACGUUUGUUGAAGAACGCAAUGCGGAGGAGGACCAGGGGCGUCUCGAAGACGUCGAAAGCCACCCAGUGGAGAACGUACACCAAGACCGAGAUGAACAGGCGGCGCCACCCGGGAUGCUUUCCUUGAAGCUGUACUCACCCAGUAACGCAGCAAACGAACAAGCCCCCGCACGCGGCCGAAACAAGCCACAUGGUCGAUCUGCGGUUCGUGACGUGGCCUGUUGCACGCCACAGAACCUCGGAACGACGAAUCAACUGUUCUCCGCCCACAACGGGGAAGAGCACGAGGGCUCGACCGGUCCGCACACCGCGACAGGAAAAAGAUCUCCGCGGUUUUUUCCGACUUCUGCUCUGGGCCGAAAAAAGACCGGCACUGCGUUGAAGCACAAAGGCACACUUGGCACUGAAAAGCGGUCCCGCACGUCGCCGCUACCGGUUUUUCUACUACCGGAAGCCGUCGUCGGAAACGGAAUCAAGGAACGCGAGCUCCUGCAAGAACCUCGGGGUAGUAGUAGAAAAGUCGACUACAGCGCUUUUUCCGGCUGCGCAUCUAUUUCAGACCACUCGGGUGCUGGUCUAUUUUGA